ACUAAAACAAGCAGCGCUCCGUCCUAAAUGAAGCAGAGGCUCCUCUCCCACCCACCCACUGGCCACUACUUGCCGCACUGUUCCGUUGCAGACUGACAGCGGCCGCUGCUGGCUCCUCCCUCUUUCCGCCUACAGGAACCCAGAUCAAGCAGGUGGAGAAGCCCCCAAGCGCAGAGCAAUGGCGAAUCGCAGCGCCAGUCUCCUUCUCUCCCUCCUCCCUUUUCUCCUCCUCUCUCCCCUGCUCGCAACUCCGGCUUUCGCCAAAAAGUCGUAUGUCGUCUACUUGGGCGGGCACUCCCAUCGGCCAGAGGACCCCUUGCGGCUCUCCCACGAUCGAGUCGUCGAUUCCCACUACGAGUUCCUUGGUUCGUUCCUAGGGAGCAAGGAGGAUGCCCAGGAUGCGAUUUUUUACUCCUACGCCAACUACAUCAACGGCUUCGCUGCUAAUCUCGAAGAUGAAGAAGCAGCUGCGAUCUCAAAGCAUCCCGCUGUCAUAUCUGUGUUUCCCAACAGAGGGCACAAGUUGCACACGACUCGGUCGUGGGAAUUCAUGGGCGUGGAAAAGAACGGCAUGGUUCUUCCGAGCUCGAUAUGGGCGAAGGCCAAAUUUGGGGAAGAUAUCAUCAUUGGAAACCUCGACACGGGCGCGUGGCCGGAGUCAGAGAGCUUCAACGACCAAGGCAUGGGGCCGAUCCCUCCUCAGUGGAGAGGAAUCUGUCAGGAUGGCACUGAUAAAGCCAUCCACUGCAACAGGAAGCUGAUCGGUCUAAGGUAUUUCAACAAAGGGUACCUCUCGGCGGCGGGCACCGCCGCGAAUCCCGCUGCCGAGUCGGUCCGCGACACAGAUGGGCACGGCACGCACACUCUCUCCACGGCAGCCGGCCGAUUCGUGCCCGGCGCGAACCUCUUUGGCUUCGGGAACGGAACAGCCAAAGGCGGAGCUCCCGGCGCACGCUCCGCCGCUUACAAAGUCUGCUGGCCGCCAGUAAACGGCAGCGAAUGCUUCGAUGCUGACAUACUCGCGGCCUUCGACGCCGCCAUACACGAUGGAGUCCACGUGCUCUCCGUCUCCCUCGGCAGCGGGCCCACGGAUUACUUCAAGGACGGAGUGGCGAUUGGAUCAUUCCACGCUGUCAAAAACGGUAUCACCGUCGUGUGCUCUGGUGGAAACUCGGGGCCUGCGCCAGGAUCGGUCUCGAACACCGCACCAUGGAUCAUCACGGUUGCGGCCAGCACCAUGGACAGGGAGUUCCCCGCCUAUGUUUCUCUCAGCAACAAUAAUCAAAUCAAGGGUCAAAGUCUUUCUCCAAUGGGACUUCCGAACAAUGAGUUUUACCCUAUCCUUAGCUCGCAGAAAGCCACAGCAACAAAUGCAUCACAGGAUUCAUCCAAGUUGUGCCUUGAGAACUCUCUAGAUCCAGAGAAGGUGAAAGGCAAGAUAGUUGUAUGCCUACGAGGACAAAAUGCGAGAGUAGAGAAGGGGGAUGUUGUUCGCCGAGCUGGUGGGAUUGGAUUGAUAUUAGCAAAUGAUGAAUCUACUGGAAAUGAAAUUAUUGCAGAUGCUCAUGUUCUUCCUGCAACCCAUAUAUCAUAUGCAGAUGGUGUAGCUCUAUUAUCCAAUCUCAAUUCUACCAAGUCAUUGUUUGGUCAUAUUUCGACCCCUAAGACAUUAAUUGGCACAAAACCUGCACCAAUUAUGGCUGCCUUUUCUUCUCGGGGACCAAAUACAGUAAACCCUGAGAUCCUCAAGCCUGAUAUCACUGCACCUGGGGUUAGUAUCAUUGCUGCCUACACUGAAGCCACUAGUCCAACAGGUCUAAGCUUUGAUGAUCGUCGUGUUUCAUUCAACUCCGAGUCUGGAACAUCCAUGUCUUGCCCCCACAUUUCUGGAAUUGCUGGCCUACUCAAGGCUCUCCACCCUGAGUGGAGCCCCUCGGCGAUUAAAUCAGCCAUCAUGACAACAGCUAGAAUUCGAGAUAACUUUAAAGAGCCUAUGACCAAUUCAUCCUUCUUGAAGGCUACCCCUUUCAGCUAUGGCUCUGGCCAUGUCCAACCAAAUCGUGCCAUGGACCCUGGCCUUGUUUACGACUUAACUCCAAAGGAUUACUUGAACUUCUUGUGUGCCCUUGGCUACAACUCCACUCAAAUAGCUACAUUUAGUCUUGAACCUUAUGUGUGCCCAUCAAAACCAUGUAAGCUGGAAGACCUGAACUAUCCUUCAAUUACUUUGCCUAAUCUCUCAGGUGGUGGCAGCUUGACAGUAACCCGAACAUUGAAGAAUGUUGGAUCACCGGGCACAUAUAGUGUCCGCGUGGAAGCCCCUUUUGGCGUUUCUGUUGUCGUGAAGCCUACAAGCCUUAAAUUUGAGAAACUAAAUGAAGAGAAGAGUUAUAGAGUUGUUUUCAAGGCUAAAAGAAACAAGUUAACUGGAACGCAUGUGUUUGGUCGCUUAACAUGGUCAGAUGAGAGGCAUUAUGUUAGAACUCCUAUUGUGGUGAAGGCAGUGGCUUAGAGAAAUAUGCAAUACUCAAAAAAGAAGAGAUGUAGUAGUUCCAUAGAUCAAGCCUUUGAUAUAAAAAAGUAGUCGUUAAAUUUUAUCUUAAAUACUUCAAAGGUAAAGUUGAUAUUUCAUACCAAAACAAUUUUCUUUUCCUUUAAUUCAUACCAAAAGUUCAAUGCCUUUGGUUGAGUGGAAAGAAGUUAAUCAUUGGUUGUGUAUGUACUAGUUGAAACACUAUGGUACUUUUUUAAUA